AAGAACGCUCACACGUGUUGGCAAAACGAUUUCGCAUUUGGCUGGUGGCUUAAAGAUUCGAGCAACCCAGGAUUUCGAAGGCAGAUCCGACUCUACCGCCGACCAACAGUCACCGGAAUCGGUAACUUUAGAUAAGAGAAGAUGAAUGGAGAAGUCCCCAACAUAAAGAAAUGGGUGGUUUUCUAUCCUGUUUAUAUUAAUUCGAAGAAAACGGUAGCUGAGGGAAGGCGAAUCAGCUUGGCUAAAGCUUGUGAAAAUCCCACCUGUGUUGAAAUCGCUGAUUGCUGCAACCAUCUCAAAGUUCCGAAUGCCAUCGAGAUUGACAAGGCAUAUCCUCGCGAUUUCAUGCAAAGAGGGAGAGUGAGGGUCCAGUUGAAAAAGGAGGAUGGGACUUUAUGCAAUCCAGCCAUUCCUUCAAGGAAACAGCUGAUGUUCCAAGUCGCGGAGUUGGUACCUAGACAUCCGGGGAGGGGUAAGAAGCAGGAAGCUCCGAUGACAUCAAGUACUGCUGUAUCUUCCAAGUCCGGGAAGGGUGGAAGAAAAAAGCGAUAGCUCCGUUACUCCCCAAAACAACAGAUCAUGGUUUUUCUUGGAACACUUUUAGUUUUGCCAUUGAACUAAACAUCUUCAUAUGGUUUACCUUUUCAUUUCUGUUUAUCUGAGUGAGCUUCGGAGUCUAUGUUUACAAACGAAUUCCCUUGGGUUCUUGAUAGGGUUUAAUCAUUGAAUCCUUUAAUUUUAUUGAACUUUAUAGGUUUUGUUUCUCAAAUGCAGCUCCCAGGGUAUAUGCUUGUUAAAUUAAGGCUUAAUU